GAUUUCUUUAUCCUCAAACAGCGCGAAAAAGAGAGCAACCGACUUCGCUGCGUGUCGGGGGCCGCGUGCCUCCCGCGUUCCUUGCCCUGCACUUUCCCUCGCCUCUCUGUGCAUGCGACCCCACUUCCCUUCACGACCCAAUCCGCAGCCUUCUCCAAUUCACGUUCUCUGUCUAUUUAAGGCUUCGAUCCGAUGUCAAAGGAGCGAAUCUUGCAUCCCCUGCAUCCUGAGGAAACCCGAGAGGCUCGCUGGAUUUUCUUGAUCGAUCGCCCUUCAUCGGAGAAGACGCCAAGGGACGGCAGCUCAAAUCUUGAACUUCAGCAAGGCAAUCACCAUGGAAGGGAAAUGCGUAUCCACCGUCAAAGGAGAAGUACCAGUGAAAAAUGAAGAACUCAAUGCCAAAGCAGAAACCAAGGAUGUCUUGAUUAUUGACUUCAAGGAAGAGAAGAUUGAGGAGGUUGAAUCAUCUUACGAGUUCAUUCAGAGAGCCAAUCCACCGCACCAGAAGGAAGACAUGGCAAAGGAACAAAAAGACGAGGCAGGGGAGGAAUUAAACUAUGUGGAGAAGGAGACGAGAAAUGAAGAUAAAGAGGAAAUAACGAAAGAUGGAGAGAAGGUUGCGAAUGAGGAGAAGAAAGAAUGUCAUGGUGAAUCAAGCGACAAACUUGAGGAGCAUGAAGAGACCAAGAAAGAAGAGAAAAGCAAGGAAAUAGUAGAUGGAAAGGAGAAGGGGAAGGAAGAGAAAAAGAAAAAGGAUAAGAAAGAGGAAAAAAAGAAGAAGAAACCUGAAGCUGAUGAGGAAGAUGAAGGCGAGAAGAAAAAGAAAGACAAGAAAGAGAAGAAGAAGAAGAAGGACAAGAAGUGCUCUGGCUCUGGUGAGGGAACAGAAGCUGAAGAUACGGAAAAUGAAGAGAAAAAGGAGAAGAAAAAAGAUAAAAAGAAGAAAGAGAAGAAGCACAUGGACAAAACCGAUGAGGAAAAAGGAGGCAGUGAUGGUUUGAAGGAGGAUGAGAAGACAGAAGGAUGCCCUGAUGUCGUGUCGAGGGAAGUCACUGUAGAAGAGGAUCUAGGCAAGUUGGAGGGAGAAGCGGAGAAGAAGAAGAAGUGGAAACAUAAGGAAGGGAAGGAAAAGAAGGGGAAAGAUGAGAAGGAUAAGUGCGAAAAGAAGAAAGAAAGCGGGAAGGACAAGUACGAGGACAGUGGUAAGUUGAAGUCUAAGCUUGAGAAGAUCAAUGGCAAAAUCGAAGCUCUUCUGGAGAAGAAAGCAUAUAUUUUGGGGAAAAUAAAGGAGGCCGAGGCUAAGAACAGCGAGACUUCUGAGAAACCUUCCCCUAUAGAAGUUGCUGCAGCUGACAAAGCAUAGUGCGUCCUGAUAAAUGUUUCCCGCUUAGCUGGUCGUGGACUCAUAGUGCAGUGUGUUUAUGCAUAAACCACCCCAGCUGGAGUUAUUGAUGUUUCUUUCUUAUCUUUGAUGCCAGCCAUUUUGCCUUACCAAAUAUUGUGAAUAACUUCAGGACGAGAACUGAUGCAUGAUGUACUUAGUGCUUCGUUAUACAUAUUAUAUGGAGUUCAAUUUUGUAGAAGA